AUCCAUGAUUGCUUGCUUGCUUGCUUGCUUGCUUCUGGGUGCAUGCAUACAUUACAUUCUUAUUACCGAAAUUAUUGUUCUCAUCACUAAGCCCAAAUCUAAUCUCCCUCGCCUCCCACGGCACACCCGGUCUUACCACUCCUUCUGAUCCCCUCCUCAACUUUUCCUUCUUCUAUUCUUAUCCUUGUCCUUCCUUUGAUUCAACCAGUCCAUCUCUUUCAGCGCUGGGUGACGCCCACAUGCAAAUAACACCCCCUUCGCCAUGAGUCAGGAGUACCACCCCGGCCAAGGCGCCUCUUCCUCCGCUUCUUCUUCUUCUUCUUCUUCCGCCGCCGCCUCCUCCUCCAGCAGCCAGCAGCAACCGCCGCUCGAGGACGCCGCCGCGAUGAACAACAACAAUUCCCCCUCCUUUCCGAGACCCCCGCCCGCCUACAUGACCGUCGGCAACGGUUCGACCUCCGAGAGCGCAACUGCCUUGAUGGCCUCGUUGCAUGAGGAUUCCGGGUACGGUGGCAGCAUUCCCAGUGGCAGCGAUGCUGGAAGUGCGGUUGGUGGCGGAUGGCGUGCGGAUCUGAUGGUCGAUAGCCCGACGCCUCUCCAUACCCCCUCCCGGCUUGGAGAGUGGAAUCCGGCAGCCGAGCAUGAGCGACAGGUUGUCGCGAGCCAUGUUCAUCAGUUGCUAUACAACUCGAACCGAACUAAACUCGGACGCGCGAUCUCGCGCACCAUCGAUACUUUGAAGGAACUCCAGGAGAUGAACAAACAAUGGCCCGCCCACUACCCUUCCGUUCAGAACGAUUCCGACGCCCUCAACGACAAACCGACCUUGCACAAGAGACAAUCCUAUUUCGGAGAGGAGGCUUUGGAUUCGAUGCCCCAUCCCGGCCAGCUGCGGCGCGCCGCUACCAUGGCCGCCGGCGAGGAUCUGGCCGAGUCGAGUGCCGCAGCGCAGCGUCGCGUUCCGACGGAACCCCGCCUAAUGAGCCCGCAGAUUGCGCAGGAGUUUUCGAUCCUCAAGCUCGACUUGAAGCUGGGUGCUUUGUCGCAGGCUGAGCUGGUUCACUCGUUGGAGAAGGCGUCGAUCGCGUCGCUGUUGGAUGGCAAGAUCAGCCAGAGCGUCAGGCACCUGCUCUCGCUCCGGGAUCGCAUUGAGGAUACUUCCAGCAAGGUCUUGAUUACGGGUGAUUUGAACGCCGGAAAGUCGACAUUCUGCAAUGCGCUGUUGCGUCGUAAGGUUCUGCCCGAGGAUCAGCAGCCGUGCACCAGCAUCUUCUGCGAGGUUCUUGAUGCGCGAGAGAACAGCGGGCUCGAGGAGGUGCAUGCCGUUCACAAGGACGUGCAGUAUAAUCGGAACGACGAGAGCACCUACGACGUCUAUGCGCUGCACGAGCUGGAGAACAUUGUCAUUGACAACUCCAAGUACAUGCAGUGCAAAGUCUACGUGAAGGAUGUGCGAACGAUCGACGAAUCUCUGCUUAAUAACGGCGUUGUGGAUAUCGCGCUGAUUGAUGCGCCGGGACUGAAUUCGGAUUCUCUGAAAACGACCGCGGUCUUUGCCCGACAAGAGGAAAUCGAUGUGGUUGUGUUCGUGGUGUCAGCUGCUAACCACUUCACCCUUUCCGCCAAGGAGUUCAUUCUCAAUGCUGCCCAUGAAAAAGCGUACAUGUUUAUUGUUGUCAACGGUUUCGAUCAGAUUCGCGAUAAGCAGCGUUGUGAGCGCAUGAUCUUGGAUCAGAUUGGCAAGCUGAGCCCUCGCACCUACAAAGAGGCGGCCGAGCUUGUCCACUUUGUCUCCAGUAACGCCAUCCCUGUGGCACCUCCGGUCUCGGUUUCAAGUUCUGGUGGUGGCGGCGAUGACGGGUCUGACGAUGAUGAGCCCGAAGACAAGAAGGGCAAGGGCAAGGGCAAAGAGAGACAGAAGAUCCAGGACUUUGAGAACCUUGAAGGUUCACUGCGUCGGUUCGUCCUAGAGAAGCGCUCGCGUUCCAAGCUUGCGCCUGCUCGGACAUAUCUUCUGAACUUGCUCGCGGAUUUGAACUCCCUGGCUGGAGUCAACCGUGAUGUGGCUCAGGCCGAACUCAAACGGGUCACGGACGAGCUGGCCGAACUGGAACCUGCGUACGAAGAGGGCAAGAAGAAGAAGGUGGAGCUCAGCGACCAGGUUGAGAAAUACAUCGAUGAGUCGUGCGACGACGUUUACAACCACACUCGGUCUAGCUUGGGUGAAACCAUUGCCCAUGUCUCCGAAGCCGACUUGGGCGUUGAGUACCCCGGCUUGUUCUCUGCCUUCCAGUAUGCCGAGGACCUGAAGUUGGCCAUGCUGGAUCAGAUUGCCGCCUCCGUGGCUGACUGCGAGGACUAUGCUCGCGAGAAGACGGUCAAGGGCGUUGGCUUCAUCCAGAAUAUCGGUCUUUUGCACGUGGGCGAAGACAAGUUCGCGCCUCUGAACUUCCGCGCGGACAUGAUGUUCCGCCGUGGCCGUCGACACACGCUCGCUCGACAGGUUGACACAGAGGUGGAGAUCUGGGAUUUCUUCGAUGUGUCUGGCAUCUGGGAGCGACAGGAGAAGAUGGCUGGUACCGGGAUGGCGAUGACCGCGGUGACUGUUCUUGGAGGUAGAGCCCUUGGUGGCAUCGGCUGGGUCGACAGUAUCUUCAGUGCUGUCCGGUUCCUGGGACCGAACAACGUACGCCGACUUUUCGUGCCCGGUGUCCUCGCAAUUGCCGCUUUGACCGCCGCCUGGAUGGUCUCUACAAUUCCGACCACCCUCCCCCCUCGUCUAUCCCGCAAGCUUGCAGCUACCCUCCAAGAGAUGGACUACGUUCACUCCAACGCGACACGUAUUUCUUCCGAAGUCCGCCGCAUCCUACGGCUGCCAGCUGGAAACCUCCAGACCAGUCUCGCGCAGGACGUCGAAAAUCUGGGACGCCGCAAGCACGAAGUCAGCAAGACCAAGCACGAGAGCGAGACUGCCAGUAAGUACUUUUCGAAUCUGUUCCGUGAGAGUGGCGAGAACCGCAGAUCGGUGGAGAGCAUCGAUCUGGAUGCGCCUCUGCCUGGAGGUCUUGCUGCGGCUCAUUGAGCGUGGAUCGGGAGGUAGUAAAGGUCUUUCGGCGGUGAUUUCUUUUCUUUGUACAAACCGUAAUGAUGCUGUACGAAAUUUCUAUUUAUUCCCUCUCUUCUGUCUGGUGUGCUUUGGCCUUGUGGCGCUUUUCUUUUCUCCCUGGCUGCUUUUGCGCAGUCUUGACUCCAAAAUAUUCCCACCGUGCACUGUACCGGUC